AUGACAACCUCAGCCCUGCGCCGGCAGGUGAAGAACAUUGUGCACAACUAUUCUGAGGCAGAGAUCAAGGUUCGCGAGGCCACCUCGAAUGAUCCAUGGGGCCCUUCGUCGUCUCUGAUGUCGGAGAUCGCUGACUUGACCUUCAACGUGGUGGCGUUUGCUGAGGUGAUGGGCAUGGUGUGGAAACGCCUCAAUGACAGCGGCAAGAACUGGAGACAUGUCUACAAGGCCUUGACUCUGCUGGAUUACCUGCUGAAGACAGGAUCAGAGAGAGUGGCCCAGCAGUGCCGCGAGAAUGCCUUCACCAUUCAGACACUCCGAGACUUCCAGUACGUGGACCGCGACGGCCGAGACCAGGGGGCGAACGUGAGGGAAAAGGCCCGCCAGCUGGUGUGUCUCCUCCGGGACGAGGAGCGACUCCGCCAGGAGAGGAGUCAGGCCCUGAAGACCAAGGAGCGAAUGGCUGGAGGGGGCAGCGGAGGCGGCGGGGGCGGCGGAGGCGGAGGCGGGGGCGUGUACGGAGGCAUACCGCCGUCUUACCACCCGGGCAGACGCACCAGUCAGCCAAGCAUGGCGGUGCUGUACGGGGAGGAAUUCAGCCGCUCCAGAGGUUCUCCGUCCUCCUUUAACUCCUCGUCCUCGUCUCCUCGCGCCGCCUCAGACCUGGAGCAGGCUCGACCUCAGACCAGCGGGGAGGAGGAGCUGCAGCUCCAGCUGGCUUUAGCCAUGAGCAGGGAGGAGAGUCAGAAGGAGCAGCGCUGUCGCCAAGGAGACGAGUCGCUGCUACAGAAGGCCCUGGAUGAGAGCCGGAGAGAGAGCCAGUCAGGGACACGCGAGUCCGCCAUGUUGGACCUGGUGGACAUAUUUGGACCCUCAUCCGAGCCCCCUCCUGCCCCCAGUGACCCCUGGAGCUCUUCGCAGCCCACCUCUAACGUCACCUCCGACCCCUGGGACUCCGUAGCGGUCCACUCCAGCACUCCCGUGAUUGGAAGCCCCUGGACGGCCCCUCCCUCCUCCUCCAACGCGUCCAACCCCUGGGCUCCAUGCGCCAACUCAUGCACAGACCCCUGGGAAGCGGCGCCCGCGGCCUCCAGUCCUGUUAAUAAUGCGUGGGACAGCCCGACAGAUGGAGAUGGUGACAGGACAGAUCCGUUCGCUGCAGAGGAGGAGGAGAAGCCUAAAGAAGAGAUACCCCAAGUGUCCUCCCCUCAACCUGCCAGUCCCACAGAUGCAGAGCUGUUUGGAGGAAAGCCAGAGUCUGACCUCUUUUCUGGACUAGACUCCAAGCCAGAUCCAUUUGGAACGGAUCCACCGGUGAAACCCCUGGUAAACGGACGAGAGUCGGCCAGCCCGGAGAUGUUCGACUUGUCCCGGCUGGCACCCCCACUCAGCGCCCCACCCGCACGGGUGUGCCGGACUCCAGAGGCUUUCCUGGGACCUACAGGGGCCUCGCUGGUCAAUUUAGAUACCCUCAUUCCCGCCAAUCCCCCUAGCAAGACGCACAAUAACCCCUUCCUCUCAGGUCUGAGUGCACCAUCUCCCACCAAUCCCUUCCACUGCGACCAGCCUCGCCUCACCCUCAACCAAAUGCGACCAGCCUCCACCUCCCCGCUGCCCCCCCACAUGUUGUCCUACAGCCCGUCACUGCCUCUUCCUCUGCUCCACCAGCCGCCCAUCAUCCCCUCUUCCCUCACGCAGCCUCCUGCUGGACUCCUGGACCUUCCCUCGAACCUCCCACAGCCCCUGCUGCCCCUCUCCCCACGACCGGCACCUCGCACUCAGUCACAGACACAGACACACAGCCACAACCCCUUCCUCUGAGACUCCUGCAUCCUCAAAGCUCUGGUCUACAGAGGGAAACGGCCGAACGGACUCUUUUUUUUUUUUCUUUUUUUUGGAUCAAUCUAUGCUAACUACGUUGAGACUAGUUGAAAUGAGCCUGAACCGGAUCCUGGUCUGAUGUCAUUGUGCACACUUGAAGUGGAUAAAACUCCGACAGGAUGUAUUUUGUGUCUGUCUAAAGACACAUCAGCUGCUAUAUAACCUGAACUCUUGAAGAAAAGCUCACUUGCGCGCACACACACACACAAACACA